ACCUAAAGUCAGUUUGUUUCAGGUUCUUGACGACGGUGUCGGUUUAAUCAGUCAAAUAAUUCCUUUUGCGACAGCGCUGUAUUAGAACUUCAUUCUUUCUGAGUCCUCAUUCGCGUCGCGUCACCUGAUAUUCUGCUAGCGAGAACUACAAGUGCAUCUCUGCAUUUAGCUUCGUCAUUAACCUUUCGACUGCAAAUUCCACUCCUAAAAUAAGUGGGCUGCGUUGCAUCACUCUAUUAGUCUCUAUAUCACAAAUUCAUUCGGAGUGACUCAGAGCGGAAUUUGUAAGGAGUUGACCGAAGUUAUCGUUAUCGUUUUCGACAAAUGCGUCAUCAUUGAUGAUAGAUUGACUGUGCAGUGUAUCGGGGACAAUGGCUUGUGUUGGUGAGUAUGAGGGCGAGCUGUACGUGGUCUUAAUGAGCACAUUUGGUAAUUAUGAGUAUAUUUUUGGUGAAUUUUUCAGGAAAUUGUGAUGAGAUAAAAAAACAGUCAUUAAAAUUGGUAAAAUUUGUAGCAAGGUCCUGCAGGAUGAUGAAACACAUUAAAAGUUGUGAAUGCUAGGAAUGAACGCUGCAUAUUAAGCUGUAAUGAAAAAUCUAUAAAGAAUUAUGAAGCUUGGAGAGCUUCUGGAAGUUGGUUGAUUUCGAAAAGUUAAAAUUGUAACCCUUUCUGACGUUUACCAUAUUUGAUAAGUUCGUGUAAUCACUGUAGAAGUGAAGACUAAUUUCGAAAAAUAUUAAAUAUUCCCUCUUCACACAUUUUCACUUCUACCUCAAGUUAGAAAUAAGUGGUAAAUAAUUGAACCGAAAAUGGUAAGGACGUGCUAUCAAACCACGAAGCCUCUAGUCAAUCCCACGUACGCUGAUUUGAUUGAAAUCAGCCGAUGCGUUAAUUUCGACGACUACGAAGAGGCGGUGCGCCUGCAGAUAGAUGAUUGUGCCGCAGCUGCUCACCAAGGGCCACAAAAGCCUCAGGCGACGGGUGCUAUGGUUUGCAGCUUCUCAUUUGAGCUCGGAGCACAAUUUCUACGGCAACAUCAGCUUCACCAUCAAGUGGGAGACCGUGCAACAAAAACUCGGGCCGAAGCUCUACCUUAUCGAUCAAGAGAUUUAUAAUGGCAGAAGUUUCACUCGAGUGCUCUUCACCACGAAAAAUUAUAAUAAAAUAUUGAAAAAAGUAGAUUUGGCAUUACAUGGUUCACCCUUGAUGAAGAAUGAGUCAGGUUUCCACCUGCACGCUUCGCACUGCAUGAACAAAGUUCGUUGGGGUCCUCACGAGCUGCAGAUCGCGAUCGAAGUUACCGAUGCCGAUGCGCGCUGGCUUUUCUUGAACUGCAAGCCUGUGGCAAACAAUCAUGAUAAAGCUAACGUUUCUAGUGGCAAAAAACACACCAGAAGGGACGGAAAAGAAUACCUGUAUCAACCCCACCUAUGUUAUAAGUUCAAUUCUGCUCAAAACCUCGAGUGUCCCUACCAAUGGACGCCCUAUGAGUGCGAGCGUUACCUAAGGGCGAUACUGGAUUUGCCUGUUCGAGAUUCCAGGUCUAAAUUGUCAUUAGAAAUGUCUUCCGUAACAGCGAAUAAAAAUUGUAAUCGUAUGCGUCCCGUCUCUGCUGAAAAGCCAUUAAAGACACCUCCCAAUCCAGUUGCUCGAGUUCCAAGUUCGCCACAUCAGUGUGCAAUCUCUGUCUCACCACAUUCAGCAAAAAUAGAAACACCACCCAACUCGUUUUCAACCUCUGUCGCACCAAUUUCAGCUUCAGUCAAAAGUUCCCCCCGUGAAGUCUCAAGUCAUACCGGAACUUCAAUGCCGUCACAACAGAAGUUUCCAGUUCCUACAGUUCGAUUUCCAACUUCACCAAAUUCGUCAGCAACCUAUGCUUCAUCACAUCCUGCUCAAGUUGAAACACUACUUCCUUCGUUUUCAACCUCUGCUGCACCAAUUUCAGCUCCGGUACAAAGUUCCAAACGUACUCUUUCAAGUCAUACUAGGACUUCUGCACUACCUACAGUUCAACCUUCUGUAGCAAAAUCACCCCGAACACUUCCAACUCCUGCUGUAAAAUCCGAACGUUCUCAUUCAGCUCGAGUUAAAAUUCCAUCAAAAAAUUAUUCCACUCGUCUUGCGACUUCGCCGAACAUACUUUCAACUUUUGCUAUUCCUUCACAGCGUCCAGCUCCAAAGCCCGGGGUUAAGAAUGGCUGGAAGUCAUGCAUAUUACCGGCAGUAUACAUAUUGCCUGCAGCCCUGACUGUGUUUCUGGCAAUAAGAAUCUACUUUAGACAGUCUUCUCGAGCCUCCUUUACAAGAAUAGGCAAUUCCAGAAUUGAAUUUUUUUCAAAUGCGCUGCAUUACAAUUAUGCUCGUGGCAUUUCGGGGUUCAGUGGUAUUUUCCAUCGUUUAGGUAAUCGAGUAGAUGCUCAAAAUUAUUGGGCGAUAUUUUGGUUUGCGCAAUAAUACCGAGCGCCUCAGGGUAUAAGGUUGUAAAUUGAAUUCUAGAAGGCACCGAUUGGAAACACGCGACAAUAUAGAGAUAGACCGGGCCUUAAUUAGACCAGUCGUUACGCAGCAGUACUCCUGUGAGCAACCAAUUUCUAGGCAUUGUUGACGAUAACUAUUACGCCUUCACUCGCUUUGGUUUCUAGUCAACUUACCCUGCAUGCCUCUACUGUUAAGAUGUUCCAUUCAAUCAAAUUAAGUUAGACAAUAAAACCUGCUGCACAUAUGUGAUAUUCAGUGGCUAUUGAGUGGUAAUAACGCGAUUCCAUUAUUAACGUGCUUAAUUGAUUAGUCUCGGUCAGUUCAUAGGUAUUAUUAUUUUUAAUGUGUAGGGUUGCGGAUUUCGCGUGGGCUGGACUCGAGGUCGUACUCUCCAAGCUCGUCCUGGAAACUAUUCGUGCUCUCGUGUUCACCACGUGGACCGACUUCUCACUCGGUGGAACAGAAAAGAGCCGCGAACCUUUAGGUGUCAAGUAAUCACAGAUCAUUAGAAGCGUUAGAAUACGCAGCUAAUGUGCCAAAUUGUUUAGUGUACUGUAUUAUCAACGUAUUACUGUAAAAUUUGCCUCCCGUUUUGAUUUAAGUAAAUUGUUGGGGUUGUAUCCGCGUGAGUGAAACGAACGAAUAUUAUGUCAUUUUUUGAAAUUUUACCCAAAAUGUAAGAAUUUUUUAUUAUAAGUACAGUACCGAAAUGGAUAAUAUUAAUAUUAAGCGGCUGCAUGAGCGACGUUGCGUCAUAUUCAGGUGGGCUCAUGCUAGCGAUCUAUUAAUCAAUACCGAUCAAAAAAGUCGAAAAACUUUCAGAAAUUGUGACGCUUUCAAUGAACUAAAGAUUAUAAACUUGAUUAAAUGUCUUAAGUUACCUUUCGAGGCACAAAUAAAUCUACGUGACAGAGA